GUCCUAUAACAGAGCGAACAAUUGUCGAGUAAACGAAAACGAUUAAAAUCAAAAGCCAAUUUUUUAAUUGGUAAAGCUAAUUUCUUAACGACAGUGAAAACAAACAUGGGAGCCGUUUCAGCGUUUUUUGUAAUAUUUAUUGUUUUACAAACAAUCCUUAUGGUAAAAAAUUUCAAGAAAAUAUUUCCGAAUUUACAUUCCAGAAGAAUUUAUAAAAUAUCGAAGGCUUUAGUCAAUUGUUUCCCUGUAAUAAUAUUUAUAAUAUUUUCUCCAUUAAUUUAUUUUAUCAAAAUUUUACCUUCAAACUUUCAGUCAGGUACCUCAAAGUUACUAAUUUUUGUGCACUGUUUUUUUGCAAUAUACUUAUGGGUUAUGGUUACUUUUAAUUACUUUGCUGCAAUGAGGUUCAAUGCUGGAGUACCACCGAGCAAAGAAGAUCUAAACAUAAACAGCGAUACCAGCAAAAAUUUAACUGGUAUAAAUGAGUUUUGUAGUUGUUGUAACCGUCUUAGAUCUUAUGGAACUCAUCAUUGCAUGAAAUGUGGAACUUGUAUAAGAAUGUUAUGUCAUCACAGUUCUAUUGUUAACAACUGCAUUGGUUUAAAUAACUAUGCAUAUUACUUUUCUUUUUUGAUUUUUAGCUGGAUUGGAUUGAUUUAUGGAACUAUUAUGACUUAUUCUCUUUUUUAUACAUGUUAUUUGCAUGAUCAUCACAUUUCGGAUAUAUCGUUGAUAUAUCCUGCAUUGAGUAUGCAUUUUUGUUUUCAAAGUGGAGAAUUACCGUUGUUAUUUAUUUUAAUUUUGAGUGCUUUUAUUGUUGUUAGUGUUCUCUUAGCUUUGCACAUCAUUUUGCUUGUGGUUGAUAUGUCCUACAUUUCUUUCUUUAGACAUUUAAAAAAAUCUGUAUCAAUUAAAGUAUUUGUUAAAGAUUUAUGGAAAAAGGCUUUUUUAAAACAAAACAGAAUAAAGUAUAAAAUACUUCUACGAGAAAGAAAAAUGUGUAUCAGGGAUUUUAUAAUACCGACUUUUCUUAUAUUAGAUGAAGAUUCUGAUUUAUAUGGUGUGGAAAAAUAUAAUUCCACUGAAAUUUUGGAUUUUUCAAGUAAAAUUGAAAUUUUUUAAAACUCAAUACAUAUAUCAUCAAUACAUAUACCAAUAACUAUACCAAUAUAAUAACUAUACCAAUAUACAACUAUAAUCAAUACAUAUACCAAUAACUCAAUUACAUAAUAUGAUUCUAAUCACUUUUUUUGUUUCACAUUUAAAAACUAUUUUAAGUCAUUAAAAAAUUUUUUUACACAACUUUAAACACAAUUAACAAAAAUCUGAUUUUUUGCAAACUUUUAUAUUUAAAUAUUGUGGGUUUUAAUUUCGAGUAUAAAACUUUUUUUAAAAUAUAUAGUAAUUUUAUGGCUGCAUAAACAGGGGCAGAUCCAGCAUUUUUAAGUAUUUGAAUUUCAGUCAUGGAACAAACUUCAAGCAUUUAUAUGUUUAUAUUUAUGUCAAAAAUUAUGCAAAUUUGAAAUUUGUAUCCACCUCAAUUUGAAGGGCUUCAAACUUUGUAACCAUAUUUGUAAUAACCAUAUGUAGCCAUAAUUUUUGAAUGCUGAAAGAUUUUACUAUAAAACUUAAAAUUUAUUGAUGAAUAUAAGUCUAAUGAAAAAAGAAAAAAAAAAAUUUUUUUCAACUUGUUGCUUUAAAAUUUGGGGAGGGGAGAAAAAUUUGUGAUUUUUUUGUUGCCAGAUUCCAAUCAUUGCAUUAUUUUGCAAAUCGUUUUUGUUUGACAUAAGCACAAACAUAUAAAUGUUUAGAGUUUUCUCAAUGGCUGGAAGUUAUCUCAAAAGAAUGCUGGAUCCGCCCCUGUGCAUGAACUUGAUUUCUCCAAAGAUUCGAAUAAAACCUGUAUCAAAAACUUAAAUAUUUUUAUUAGUGCUUUU